GGAGGGGAGGGGGGGUCAGUGCGAAGAACCGACUAGAAUGCUCGCGCUUUUUAACUUGCGCGCACUAACUCACGGAGGCUACCAGAGCAACCAACAGACAACAUUUGAUCUGUGGGAAAUAUUACAAGAAUGUAAUGUUCCAGAAAAGCGGAAACAAAACGGGAAAGUCUCGGUGAAAGUGAGAAUUUGGGAUAUGAAGUUUCAAGCCGCAAUUUAUUGCCUAAGUAUCCUGAAUGGAAGGCUCAUUACCAUUUCAGUUGGAGCGACGGUUCAGGAAAUGAACACAUUUUUGGAGGAACCCCUAUUGAUAUCAUCAUAAUUCUUUCUACCGAAAUUGAUCACAAUAAACACUUGAGAUGGAGAAUCGGAUUUUGUUUACUUGUAUACUGGUUGGAAUGUUCCUGCGAAAAUCCUGUGGUCAAAACUCAGCAACUGAAGAAGUGUUGAACUGCUGUGAGGGCGACAUCCUCUUCCUAUUGGACUCCUCAGGCAGCGUCUCAUCCUAUGAGUACUCCCGCAUGCUGGGCUUCCUGUCCGAGCUCCUCCUCCCCUUCUCAUUGGGUGAGGACCAGGUGAGGGUGGGGCUACUGCAGGUGGGCACCCAACCCCGCCUCGAGUUUGGCUUUGACGCCCACAAUACCCAAUCUGGCCUCCAGGAGGCACUGGGGAACACCAAGGCUCUGAGGGGCGAUACCAAUACAGAGGAGGCCCUCAGGAUGGCCAAGGACUGGGUGCUGAAGCCUGGAGGGGCCAGGGGGGCCAGGGCAGAGCUACCCAGGGUUCUAGUGUGGCUGACGGACGGGGUGAAGCCGGGUGAUGUGAUUGGACCAAUGGAGGAGCUGAGAGAGGAGGGCGUAGCCAUUCUGGUAAUCUCCACGGGCCACGGGAACUACCAGGUGCUGCGGCAGGUGGUCACCCCACCUGUGGAGUCACACCUGUACUUUGUGGACAUCGACGAUAUGAGUAUCAUCACCGAGGACCUGAGGGAUGCCAUUAUUGAGAUCCUCUGGGCUGAACGGCUCCAGGUGCGAGAUGUGUCCACAGACAGCGCUGUGCUGCACUGGCGACCGGUUCUGGCCGGAUUAAACGGUUAUUAUGACAUCCGGUUUGGACCGGCUCCCAGUGGGGGAGUGGUUGGAGGAGGAGCAGGGGGGCCUGGUACCAGCCCCAGUACCAGCGGUGGCCAGUACCAGAGACUCACCCGGCCAGGGGACUCUAGCACGGCCAGGCUGACGGGACUAAAGCCAGACACCACCUACACAGCCACACUGACUCCUGAGUCCAACCUGCAGGUGCUCAACCCCCUCUCCGUCACCUUCACCACUAAGCCAGAGGUGUUGAGCCCAGCCGUGGUGACGGUGUCGGACUCAGAGGCCAAUAGUGUGAGGGUGAGCUGGGGUCCUCUGCAGCCAGAGUCUGUCCAGAGCUUCCAGGUGGAGUACUCAGCGCUCCCGGGGGGGAAGCUCCACAUGACUACUGUGGGCCGGGGGCAGAACUCCACCAUGCUGACCAACCUCCAGCCAGACACCCAGUACUUGGUCACCGUGAGCGCCCGUCACUCCUAUGGCCAGGAGAGGUCCAUGUCUGUCAAAGUGUGCACUGAGGAGGUGAGGCCGGAUCUUGCAGACCUGCAGCUGACCACGGUGGGCAGUGACUCUGUGCAGGUGGACUGGAAAGCCAGCAUGGACGGCCUCAGGGGCUACUGGCUCACCUGGGAGGGACAGGACGGCCACGGCUCUACCACCGCCCAGCGCUCCUCCUUCUACCUGCCCCCCAACUUACUGUCCACACGUCUGACACACCUGCCCCCCGCCACCAGAGUGUGUGUGUGGCCUGUAUACCGGACGACACGCGGGAAGGGCCUCUGCUGCACGGCCCAGUUUCAUUCAGAUGCAUCGGCUUGGGGCCACAGAUCAUAACAUUGCUGAGUUUAACAGGCACUGUACUAUGGCAAGGAUGGAGGGAAGAAGGAGAAGAACAGAUAGAAGAACAAUACAUCUGAACUUGCAUCACUCUCUCAGUUCAUUCUAUCCUCUCUAGACAUCAUCCACAAUACACGAGGCCUUUGGCUUACAAAGCACUUGUGUUUAAUAGAGACUGAUACAAUACAUAUAGGCUUACUAUACUAUAAAACUGUUGCUCUAUUAGUCAGCACCCUAACUGAACUGUGGGUUGCUAUCUUCUGCAAUGCAGAUUUUCACAUAUUGCCUAAAACCUGUAAUCAUACUUAAAACAUUUGUUUGUUUGACUGUUUGUUUUUGAUAUGAUCUUAAGAUAGAGGUUGGCCAAGCAUAGCAGUCUAGAUCAAGCUAAUUCUGGUUUGCGGUAUCAUACAAGAUGUAGUUUUAAUCAAAAAGAUGAACGUACAGUAACACAUUUUUCUAGUGCACAGAGAGCAACUAUGCAAUAUACUUUCAAUGUUUCCCAAGGCACCCACCCGUAAUAUUUUGGAACAUUGAAUAAAUAAGUGCUCAAACUCAGCUUAGACUUUAAUUGAAGGGCAAGUGAACACAGAACCCUUAAUAACAGAGAGGAACUCCUUUGAACUAAUUACAAAUCCCAAACAGAUUCUCUAUGUGAUUCUCUACACUGAUAAAACUACAGAUAGAUGUUCUACUCGUGAGAUGUUGCAGAUGUGCUUUUGAUAAAGGAUGGUCACACUGAUAUUUUCCAGGAUUGUUUUGACUCAUCACCACCAACACUUAUACAUGGAAGGAUUGGCAAUCUGUUACAUUGGAUGAUGCUGUAUUCAGUCAUACAGGUUGGCCAUUGAACCAGGGGGCAUACAGUGGGUAUCAUAAGUAUUCAUACCCCUUGACUUUUUCCACAUUUUGUUGUGUUACAAAGUGGGAUUAAAAUGGAUUUAAUUGUC